CAGUUAGUUUGUAGGUCUUUUUCUUUCUUGGCUCUUAAACUUGGCCAGAGUGGAUUUUCCUUCUAUUUUGCCUCUUUGAUUAUUAUAUUUUCUUCAAAAACCAAAAGAUACAACAAAUUAAAUUAAUUAAACAGAAGAAGAAUGAUGUAGUUCUAUUAUAUAAGUCAAAAUGACAAAAAAAAAAAAAAAAAAAGUCUGGUAAACACGUCAUCAUCAUCUCAUCUUUCAGAACAAAUAUAUCUCCUCGACGAAAGUGCAAGGCCUUGGAAAAAUGGCCGACUGGACUAAACUCCCGUCCGAUCUUCUGCAAUACAUCUCCGAUCACCUUACCGUCUACUCCGACUAUCUCCGAUUUCGAGUUGUCUGUCGGAGCUGGCGAUCAUCGGUCCCCAAAAUUCCUCACCGUCUUCCUCCCCAGCUCCCAUGCCUCAUAAUUCCUCUGUACCACGACUCCCAAUGUGGUUUAUUUAACUUCACCGACAACAAAAUCCACUUCCUCCACCUCCCGGAGGCUUCUCUCCGGAAGCGCCGGUGCGGUUCUUCUCACGGGUGGCUUGCGAUCCUCGAUGAAACUCCGACGAUCCUCCUCCUCAACCCCCUAACCAGGGCCAAGCUUCGUCUACCUCCCCUCUCUACGUUCCCCAACGUCGUCUCUUUCGAUUACUCCAGAGUUGGCCGAGAAUACCUUAUUCGUACACCCACCGGACACAUCUACACCCGAAAUUUGCGGCAGAUGCGCGAUUCUUUUGUCAAGAAGAUCGUUUUGUCCUCAAGUCCAUGGAAUCAAAACGAUUUCUCGGCCGUGGCGAUUCUCAAUCACAGCGGCGAUUUGGCGUUUUGCCGGAGCGGUGGAUCGUGGACUUUCGUAGACGACGCACCGUCCGAUUGCGAAGAUAUUGUAUUCUCCGACGGAGUGUUCUACGCGGUGGAUAAGUACGGCGUCGUUUCGGUGAUAAAUCUACGCGGUUCGCGCUCUGAAGUUUCACUGGUUGCGACGGAGAGGCAAUUGGCCGGCGAUAUACAAUAUCUGGUGAAAUUAGGGCAGGAAUUGCUGCUGGUGAGUCGGUAUUUGGAUAUCGUCAACGACGGCAUGGAUGACGACCUGGUAUCUGUAAUUUAUCGGACGGUUCGGUUUGAGGUGUUUCGAAUGGAAUGGGAAGGGCCGCGGUGGGAGAAGGUUGAAAACUUGAAUGAAAUGGCGUUGUUUAUUGGGGGAAAUUCUUCGAUGGCUUUCUCUGCUGCUGAUUUUGCUGGAAUCUCAGGGAAUUGUAUAUAUUACACCGAUGAUUAUUCCGACAACGAUUAUCAGGGACAGGGUGAAGAGCCGGAUAUGGGGAUUUUCCGAUUGUGUGACGAAAGCUUUGAACCGCUACCGUAUUACUCCGGCAGCUCCCAUUCCCGCCGGCGUUUACUUCCACCCAUUUGGGUUACGCCGAAUCCUUGUUAAUCGUACGUUUGCGUUUGUGGAUCGUUUCAAUUGCUUAAUUAUUGUUAUCGUUUUCAAUCGAAAAUAAUAAUUUUCGAUUGAAUCAUUGAUCAAGAUAAACAAUUAGAAUCGUUUCAAUUGAAAUUUAUAAAUAAAGUAUCAGUUAGAUUGUCA